AUUGGCUGUCGCCUGACGUUACAAGUACUGCAGGCCGGCGCCCUUCCAUCGCAGUGCUCGACAAUCGCCGUCGGAAGCAACAGGCGGCGGGAGCUAAUUAUUAUCUUUGCUGCCGUAGACACGUCUCUGACUCUCGUAUCGAAGAGCUUUGACGGCGACUGUACGAAUAACGCAUUGUUGCUUCGCACGUCGUGCAACUGACGUUCCAGGUUUCUAAACCGAGAAACACAUUUCCGGGACGCGGCGAAAAUAAAUUCUACGCUGAUAAACUGUGAUAAAACGCGGAAAGGGGCACUUAUUUCUUAACUGUUAAUUGUUCGGAGCUCAAAGGAGCUUCGAUCUCUUUAAUUCUCCAACGGCGAUGACCAACAGCAUGAAGCAGACGGUUAUAAAGAACCCCACGUGGUGGCGCCGCCGCACCGCCAUGGAGCGCGGGCUGACGCUGGUGGCGACGGUGGCGCUCCUGGCGGCCGUCGCACUCGCCAUCUCACUGGGAGUCCUCGUCGCCAGGCGGCAGCAGCAGUCCGAGUCGCUGAUGCCGAUGGCGAUGGAGUCCAGAGGGAACGUGUCUGCAGGAGCAGCCCAGACGCCGUCGUCGCGGUCCGGCGCCCAGAGCCUGCAGGACGUCUGCCUCACCCCGGGCUGUGUGCACGCAGCGUCCGAGGUGCUGGACAAACUGGACCCGUCGGUGGACCCCUGCGACGACUUCUACCAGUACUCGUGCGGCAGCUACCUGCGCACCACCAACAUCCCGGACGACAAGUCGUCGGUGAACACCUUCUCGGCCAUCAACGACCAGCUGCUGGAGAAGCUGCGGACCGCCAUAGAAGAGGAGGACACUGAGGGCGUCGUUCCCAGGAGCUUCCAGCUGGCGCGCAAGCUCUACAGCGCCUGCAUGAACAAGUCACUGAUCGAGUCCCGUGGCCUGGCGCCACUCCAGAGGGUCCUCAAGGAAGAGCUGGGUGGCUGGCCCGCCGUCGAGGGCGACUCCUGGGACGAGGCGAGCUUCGACUGGCGGCAGAGUGUCUACCGCUUCCGCAGGGCCGGCUACAGCGUCGACUACUUCAUCGACUUCUCCGUGGCCACCGAUGCCCGCAACUCCACGCACCGCUCCAUCAACCUGGACCAGGCGUCACUGGGGCUGAGCCGCGAGUUCCUCGUGAAGGGCCCCUCGGACAAACUGGUGGAUGCUUACUACCAGUACCAGGUGGACCUGGCAGUUCUUCUGGGUGCCGACAGGGCACGCGCUGAGCGCGAGCUCAGGCAGUCCCUCGAGUUCGAGAUAACUUUGGCCAAUAUCUCCCUACCGAGCGAGAAGCGGCGAAAUGUGACGCAGCUGUACAACCCGCGCACCGUGGAGCAGCUGCAGCGAGAGUACCCGUCGGUGCCGUGGCUGGAGUACCUGCAGAAGCUGCUCCCGCCGCACGUCACCAUCUCCAACGACGAGUUGAUCGUCGUGUCUGUGCCAUCCUACCUCAAAAGCCUCGAGGUCCUGCUGAGCCACACCCCCAAGAGGGUGAUGGCCAACUACGUGAUGUGGCGAGCGGCCGGCGCUUCGGUCACCUACAUGACAGAGGAGCUACGCAACCGCCAGCUGAAGUACCACUCGGCCCUGUCCGGCAAGACGGAGCGGGAGCCCCGCUGGAAGGAGUGCGUCGACAUUGUCGCCGGAGGCCUUUCGCUGUCUGUGGGCUCCAUCUAUGUGCGCAAGUACUUCAAAGAGGAGGCCAAGAAGGCGGCACUCGAGAUGGUGGACGAUAUCCGCCAGGAGUUCCUGCACAUCCUGCAGGAGGUGGACUGGAUGGACGAGGGCACCAGGAAGAAGGGACUCGAGAAAGCCAAGUCGAUGGCCGUCCACAUCGCGUAUCCCGACGAGCUACUGGAUGACAACAAGUUGGACCAGUUCUAUGAGAAGCUGGGCACAGACCCGGGACAGUUCCUGGAGAGCAACAACAACCUGACCCGCUUCCUGUACGACUUCUAUUUCGGCCGCCUGCACCGUCCGGUCAACAAGUCGGACUGGACCACGCUCGGCGACUCGGCUAUCGAGGUGAACGCCUUCUACGAAUGGUCCGACAAUGCGGCCGAGUUCCCAGCGGGCAUCCUCCAAGGUGCUUUCUUCAGCGCCGAGCGUCCCAAGUACAUGAACUACGGCGCCAUCGGCUUCGUCAUCGGACACGAGAUCACGCACGGCUUCGACGACCAGGGCCGUCAGUUUGACAAGGAUGGCAACCUGGUGGACUGGUGGGACCCUGUCACCCGUGACGAGUACCUGAAGAAGGCAGAGUGCAUCAUCUCGCAGUACGGGAACUACACUGACGAUCAGACAGGCAUGCACCUUAAUGGGAUCAACACGCAAGGGGAGAACAUCGCAGACAACGGCGGCAUCAAGGAGGCGUACCGCGCUUACCUCGCCCUGGAACGCCGCAACGGCAAAUCCGAGCCGAGGCUGCCCGCACUGUCCGGAUUGUCUCCGCGGCAGAUGUUCUGGGUGUCCGCCGCACAGACUUGGUGCUCCAAGUACCGCACCGAGGCAAUGCGCCAGCGGAUUACCACCGGAGUCCACUCGCCGGGCCGCUUCCGCGUGCUGGGCCCGCUCAGCAACAGGCCCGAGUUUGCCGAGGACUUCGCCUGCCCGCUCGGCUCCCGCAUGAACCCGGUGCAAAAGUGUCAGGUGUGGUAAGGAAUACGACGGGGACGCCACACUGCCGGACGCCCGUCGACGGCUGCUCCGGGCAGCCGACACUUGCCACACGCGUGCGACUUCACACUGCACGGACCUUCUGACUCGGUGCUAUUGGUUCUCCAGAAGAAAAGGGAAUCUGAGUGCAGUCAGUGGCUGGCCGACCCUCCGACUACGGAGUUCCGUUUACGUGCGACAUUUACCGUGUGUACCGUGAGGCUGCGGCCUUGGAAGGGACCGGCAGACGUAACUGCGGAGCGUCGGGAGAAGACAGUCCGGUUGCUACGGUUUCAGCACAUCCUCAGUUGAGGUUGCCAACUGUGUGCAAGCACGUAUUUAUAUCCUAAAAACCUCCUCCUCUUUAGGGUGGACAAAUAAAUCUGUAUGCAGAAGCACUUAUCUUUACUCUAAAUGUUUAAUCAAUAAUUUUAGAUAAUACUUCCUUUUUUACAAAUAUUGCAUGUUCAUUUUUGUGGAGUAAUAUUGCACAGAAAAAGGGCGCCAAUCAUGACUAAGUUAUGAGAGAAAAAGACAAAAUUUAUUGGACAAAAGGUAGUGAAGUGAUCAUUAUUGUCAUUUAAACCAGUGUAAUGACAGAAUGGUCUAUGACCAAAAAUAUUCACUGUCUCGUUGGCUUGAAGCUAGACCAGCUGCGUUUUGGAGGUGAGAAAAGAGCUAAUCAGAUAUUUUUGGUUAAUGAAGUAGAGACGAGGAUCAUUCUUUAGAGAAACAUAAAGAGCACACUGCUCGAUUUGUUGCUCGCUCUGUUCAGCAAAAAGCUGAAAACACAAACUAGGCAAUAGCCUUCCUGCAACAGUCAACAGAGAAGUGAAUGACAUGGGAUGAAUCCAGUCUAGGAAUUGUUACACCCAAUAAGCAGAACAGUCUAAUAAGUUGUUGUUGGAGAAGCAUUAUGGUCUGUGGAGUUUGCAAAUUGCAAACUAAUUCUUGGUAAUAUACAAUAAAGGCUGCAAGGUCACUGUAAUUAAAGUAGUCCAAUGCACUAAAUAAUGAAGGGAAUUGUCAACAUUGAGGUAGUCUUAUUCUGAUGUAAUUAGUGUGAUCAUUGAGGAAAUGCUGAAAAAGGUGCUACAGUUUUUAAGAAUGAACCACAGAUGAAGAAAACUUAACUUUUUAAUUUUUAAUGGUGCUAUGGAUAUUUAUUUUGUUGUUAUGGUAGUAACAUUUGGAAUAAGUGCCCAGUGAUCAUAGAAAACAACAGAUAAGAGUGUUUGUUAACUGAAAUUGGGCUUACUGUUAGUCCUUGUUAAAGGAUACAACUUGUAGGGAGACUGAGUUGUGUUCUAGACCACUUUAACUGCUCUCACUGUAAAUCAGAAACUCCAUAAGCUAAAGAAAUGUGGACUGAUAGUAUUGUAACAGAUGUAUCCAUCCAAAAUUUUCCCAGUCCUACAUAAUCUACUAGAACAGAGAGAAAAUACACUGUUCACUGCCAGAAAAGCAUGAGGAAGAAAUCGUGAAAAUUUCUAAAAACUCGAGUUUCUACUUAAAAGUGGUUUUACUUACAGAUUGACAGAACUUGAUUCAACACAUCAGUUAACUCUUGGCUGCAAAUAAUAAGCAUCAUUUUGUUACUAUUAAUUUCUGAAACUUUGUUGCUGUGAAUUGCAUCGUCAAUGGUAGGUGAUACCAAUACCAGCCAUUCCCCAUCCUGUGCCCUUUGCAUAUGGGGUAACAGAAUAUAGCCUGGUGGUACACCUUAGUAUACACUCUAUUAUCUUAACUAAUCCUUAUUGAGCCUACACGAGAUAAACAAUGGAUGCAGCAGACCCUUCACACAGAUUUCCUCUCAUACCAGGUCUCCAAACUGGCCUGACAGAAUUUUGGUAGUACAAUAGGCUCCAAGUGCCUCAGGUAUUGAUGCAGCACUUUUCAAUGGAUUUUACUGGCCUACUAUGUUUCUCUACAAGCACGUCUCCUGAUUUAUCUUGACGUAUGCUCUCAUGCUUACACAAUUAGUAUCCAAACACUGGAGCAGUACUCUAGAAUUGGCCGCACUGUCUUUGUAUGUGAUUUCCCUUACUGACACACUACACUUUUCUAGAACCCUCACAGCAAGUCAAAGUCUUCCAUUUGCCAUUCCUAUUGCUAAUUUCAUGUGUUCACCCCAUUUAAUAUCACUUCCCAGUAUUAAUAAUUAAUAUUUCAAUGACAUGACAGGCUCUUGAAGUUUAUUGCUUAUGACUAAAUUGAUAAUUUCAGGGUUUUGACCAAGUGCCUUAUCCUGACUAUAUCACAAGUAUUGUCCUGUUCACUGUAAUGAUAUCUUCUGUGCAUCCACAAAGCUCUUCCAAUAGUUAAUACAAUUUACUGCAGCAGUAGUGACCAGUGAAACUUCACUAAUGGAAUAAAAAUAUGAUUAUGCCUUUUCGUAAUGAUCCUUAACGAGACGGGCAGAGAUGAAAUGAAGUAAUUAAUUCCUUCACUACUAGCAGACAUCACGCAUUUGACUGUGUUCCAGCAUCUGCGUGGUGCUUCACCUCCUCUCAAAUAUUAUGUAAUUGCUAACUACCAGCACGCCUUUCAAUUUUCUGCACAUUAUUACUCCUAAUUAAAUGUUCGCACGAGUGUUCCCGUCAAAUUGUGGUAGAGUCACCAAUACAUUUUAUACACUGAUACCAUAACUUUUGCAUCUUCAAGAACAGCAAAAAUGUGUGACUGAUUUACAAAUUACUAACAUAUCAAAACAGUCUGUAAAAAAAAUGAUCUCAUAUAUGUAGUACUGAAAGUGUGGUCUGAUAAAUGUUAAAUGCUUUUUGUUCAUGGUACGUGAAACAUGUAGAACUGUCAGACGCUGCACUGUAUAUCACUGAACAUUUAUUGAUAUGUAAUUGUGCCCGGUCUGUGGUGAAAUGUCGAAUCACACGUGGAGGGAACACGGAUGCCAUCAGAAGUGUAGCACACUGCACUGGGUGUGAGAGAGGUCGUAUCGUCUGCCUCAUUUACAUAUCUAACAUUUCACGCACGGCAGGAAUUUGGAGUUGCACGUAAACAAACAUAUUUAUAAGUCACUGUUAUGUGUCGCAUCAUACGUGUGACACAGCACAUCGUGUAUUAUGCCUAAUUUAUUUGAGUGUAUCACUUGUAAAGGUUAUCUCAUUCUUAUUUCUGUUUUGCCUUGAGAUGGGACCAUAGUAAGUGCUUUAUACAUACCUGCUUUUGUAUUCUUGUUUCAAUAAAGAUGACUUUUUGUUGUUGUUGCUA